CUAAUGAUAGCUCAGAAUACGUGCCAGGGAGCCCUCUGACACUCUACACGUAGACUAGACAGAAAAACAGCUUCCGGACCUUUCUCUGUCUCACUUGUGAGAACUGACAAAUAACCUCCGUAAUGCUAAACUUCGUUGUGGUGUGUAAAUUAGCGACAGGUAGCUAACUACAUGCUAUUUGCACAAAGAUCAUGACCCACUUCCGUGUGUGUUUCAUUCUUCUCGGAUAUCGAAAGGACUGACGUCAUUACAAGCGUCGUGCGUCGCUGUGAGAACUCAUGCAGGGUCCGGAGGGGGAAGCAGACACACGAACAGGAUGAACUCUUUGCCCCAUUUGCUCCAUCUCACCUUACUUCUUGAUAUUGUGCUCGGGUCCCUUCCUGCUCCGGUCAAUCUUUCUGUCAGUUCUGUCAACUUCCACCAUGUCCUGCGUUGGGAUCCAGGCCGAGGCACAACAGCCGGAACAACGUACAUUAUCGACUGGAGGGUGAAUGGGAAAAAAAAGAGACAUCCAUUCAACUCAACAACGACAUCGUUUAAGCUGAGGCUUCCACCCAAACAUAUGGUGUUUAUCCUGACUGUCCAGGCCUCCUACAACAAUACUCAGUCUGAAAAAUCCCAAGUCACCUUCGACCCUGUCACACAGACCUUAAUAGGUCCUCCAAAAGUGUCUCUAUCUGGAUGUGGCAACUGCAUUGAUGUCAACAUUUCACUCCCUGAAGCUGAUCCGAGCUCAGGAAUCGAAGACAUUAAGUCAUUCUACAACGGCGCUCAGUUCAGGGUCUUUUGGAAGAAACGUAAUGAAGCAGAGCAGUCUGCCGUCACAAAAUCCAAGAAUUAUACUGUGAACAACCUGCAGAUUGGCACGGAGUACUGUGUACGGGUUUACACAGAGGUUAAUGUCAACCGAAACACUAAGCCAUCCGCUUGGGAAUGCACCUUCACUGGCAAUAAGAAGCCAAGCGGAGGCCCAGUUUUUUCAGGUGCAGUUGCUGCUCUUGUGACUGUUAGUGUUGUCCUGAUGAUCUCCAUGUUUUGCCUCUACUACACUGGAUUCCUUUGUAAAGUGACAACUCUGCCCAGAGCCCUCAUUAAGUCUCUGAGCCAAGGCUACACCCUCACACCGGAGAGGACGUACCCUGACAAGAUCUACAUUGGCGCAGAGAUGGAAAAACAGAGAAAUGACAACAAUCCCUCAGCUCCACAAGCUGCCAACGGGGGCACUAACUCAGAUAAGGAAGAAGAUGAGGAGGAUGAAGAGGAGGACGGGGGAAACGUCUAUAUGGAUAGAGAUGCAGAGCUUUCCUCGGAUGAGAGUUCUUGCCAGUACUCUGCUAAUGUGUCAAGGAACAGCAAAGGGGCUAUGUUAGGGGGCUUAGGGAGUUUGAAAGUACAGGACAUAGAGGUUGAGGUCAGACGUUGGGAUCUUAAUCAAAACCCGGGCGAAGCUGAAGGGACAGAGGUUUCUUUCCUGCUUGAGGGACCAGUCACAGUGAAGUUGAAGGAGGACGAGGAAGAGGAAGAGGAAGAGGAAGAGGAGGAUGAGGACGAGGACGUGGUGUGUAAGAGCUUAGGCGAUAUUAAUCUGUUCUCAGUCACACUUGCUGCACUGGCUGCAUGCGAGCAAGGUGAUGAGGAGCAGAAAACAAGAGACUGUCUCUCAGACAUUCUGUUUGAUCUGGAGUCUCCCACAAACUCAAAACACACCCUGAGCCACACAGACUCACAAAGAGACACUAGCAUCAAUGCUACCUACACAAAAAGACUUUACUGAAAGAAGGAGAAAGUAUCCUUUAUUCCCGUGUGAAUUAUUCUCUGCAUUUAAUACAUCCCACAUAGUGUGAGCAGUGUGCUGCCGUAAAGGCACCCAGGAAGCAGUUAGGGCUUUUACUGGUGCACUCUUUCUGCUCCAUAUGCCACGGUCGCCCCACAUUACAAUGGAGUGGGUAUAAAGCCAGAUGUAUGGACUCUUCGUCUGAUUAUCUCGGUUCCAGUGAUGGUGAAGGAGGGGGAGAGGGAGGAGGAGGAGGAAGACAAAUUCUAAGGAUAUUUAGGACACACAUUAUGUUUCAAUCAUCAAUAAAAUACUCACAAGUACAUUCUACUUGAAAAAAUGGUCCAUCAGAAAUAUUUCAAUGUAUUGUAGGUGUUUGUAUUUUAUUUCAAUCACCAUCUUUUCUUUCAACAUCAAAGAUAUGUAUUAUUGGAUUUAUUUUCUGUUAGAUCUCAAAAUGCUAAGAGCAUUUUUCCUUUCAUCUCAAUUAAACUGAAUGAAUAUACAACAUAUAGUGAAGGAAAUAAUUAUUUGAUCUCUUUCCAAUUUAGUUAGUUUUGCAAAUGAGCGGCGUAUAAUUGUUGUCAAUUUAUUUUUGUGUGUGUGAGACAGAAUAUCAAAAAGUUAUUUGUUUUAAAUGGAUUUUCUGUUUGAUCUUCUUACAAAACAUGGGUCAGUUAUUAGUGGAGAUACUGUUGUUGGAGAGCACUGAGGUCAGGCCUUUCUUGUAGUUGGUCACCACAUUUGUGCACAUCUCAUGUGGAAUAUGGUCCUCUGCCCAUUGCAGAUCCUCUCCAAAUCCUGUAGGUUUUUCUGACUGCGUAGAUAGUUACGUUAGGGCUUUGGCUUCAUGCACCGGUAUGGCAGCCAUGAUGGCGUAUCGCUCUACUAAAAACAAGCAGCCAAUAGAUGGAUAGAUUUUACUUUGUUAAUCCUGCAAGUUGACAUUUUUUAAAUAGGUGUUGUAUGCAUGUUCAACAGAAACUUGCCAGUCA